CCCGGCCGCCGGGCGCACCCGUCCCGUGCGUCCCCGGACGUUGCUCUCCGCCCCGGGAACGUCGAGACUGGAGCGCCCGAGCUGAGCCACCUUCGCCGACCCCGGGCGCGGCGGCGCGACUCACCGCGGAGGCGCCGGGACGCGGAAACCUGGCGAUUUCUCUGCUGUCUGGAGCAGGGAUGUUGGAGCUGCGCAGCCCAGGACCUCCCCGCCUGGAGGAGAGCCAGCCUGGUGGCGGCUCCUCUCCCCCUCCCGGGGUAGGGGUCCUUCAGUUUCAGAAAGUGAAAAAGCCACUUUGGGGCUGGGAGAGCCUUUUCUGCUGCUUGGAACCCGGUGGUGGUGCUGGUGGAUGUGCAGAAGAAGUGGUCGGGGGACUGUCACUGCUCUGGGGACUCUGCUUGAUUCCUGGGCGGACAGGCUACACUCCAUACCUGAGGGUUCCAGAACACUGGACAGGGUGCUCAGGCCCAUCUGGCUCCCACAGCCCCCUGUGCAGGGCACAGCAUCAGCUCACCCUGGCCCUGGCCCUGCCUACCAUCUGCUCAUCUUGUCCCGACGUGUCCCGGGGGUCAGCAGUGAGAGUCUCCGUGCAAGGCUCCGAGGGCUCAGGGGGGCUGUGCUUCACCCCCAUCCUGCUGCCCCCACGUUGGCUCGACUGGGAUCCUUUGCAGCCACCUGUUCCCGGCACCCAGGAGAAGCCAAUAAACCUUUGUGAAACGACGUGGCCGGGCCUGCCGGGUGGACUCCCUGCGGGGGAGAAGUGGCCGAGGGCUCACUGGUCUGGUCUUGGGGGAGUCCUUACGACAGCAGGUCUCCGCGCCUCCUCACAUGGCAGGCCCCGGCUGGCACCCUCCGGGGAGCUCGAGCCUCGAUCCACGGUGCAUUUCAAGCCUCUUGUGGGAAGCCACGGAGUACCAGGUUCCCACCCGUGAGAAGAGAAGGUGAAGGUAAGAGGAGGGUUCUGCUUCCCGCCUCAACGUCCGCCACCCAGGCCUUGGACCCGUCGCAGAUCUCACGCAGGCCUCGAACCUGAGUGGUUGUGAUUCCUAAUGUCCAGGGGUUAAAAAUGGGCAUCUGGCUGUGCCAGGCCCGAGGUGGACUAGCCUUAGUCUCCGAGUCCUGGGGAUCAUCCCGAGGACCCCCUCCCGCAGGGGUGUGUGUCAGUCACAGGGGAGGAGGCCGUGGCUCGAGAGCUGGAAGACGAAGGGGGCCCUGGGGGGCGUUGCCAGAGCUCCAGUGAUGCCAUGGACGGUGUGCCCACCGGUGACGCCUCGCCGCAGCCCCGGGCUGUUUUAGGCUGAGAGCGGCCUCCUGAACCCUCUGUUCCUUUGGGACCCCCACCCUGAAGCCCUGGCCCGUGCCAGGCUCCCAUGGCGGCCCUGGGCACACAGGGACCUUCUGGAGCCGGUGAAGGACACACAAGGCAGGAAAGGCUAUGUCCCCCCGCUCUGUGCACAGCCCCUCUGCCACAGCCGAGCUGUGAGAUCUCGGGCAAGUCGCCCCAACUCUCUGCGCCUCCGUCUCGGUGAUCUGUGACAUGGGCAGACCUUUCAGCCCUGGCUCGCCGAAGAGUGAUCAUGAGAAAGGUUUUGGGGGUGCGUACACAGCCCAGUGCAUGGGGACGCUGUGCAGCCAGCCCCGAGCCCCACCACGGCCAGGCCCUGGGCGCUGGUGUUACAGUCGCUCCCCGGGGCACUUCAGGAGCUUGUGUCGAGGUGGCCACCAGCUUGGUCUCCUCCUUCCACACGAGGGGUCCUGCUGGAACGAACGAGGCCUGGACACAGCCAGGUCAUUAAGUUGGGGGUUUCCUCCUCACAGAAGCCCCUCUCUGUGAAGCCAUUUGGGCCCGGGACACACCUCCCUGUCCCCAGUAACUGUGUUUCCAUAGGGCCCUUUAGGUUUGCACGGGGCCGAAUCAGUUCCAACUCACUUGAGCUAAGAAGGAAUUCACUGGCUCUAGACACUGACAAGAGUCCAGGAGCAGCCACGCCUUCAGGCACAGCUGUGUCCAGGUGCAGAGACUGGCUUCAUCUUGCAGGGCCUGCACGCCUGUCCCCUCCUCCCUACCUUCUAAAAGACCCGGAUCGGAGUCCUCUGGUUACCUGUGUCUCCCUCACCGACCACGGGCUCCCUGAGGGAGGGCAGGCUGGGACCCACCGACUCGCCCGUGGGGGCGGGUCCCAGGAGAGCUUCUGGAUCUGCACCCACUCCAGCGUGGCCUCUCUGAAGCUCGUUGCUCCAGGGGGCAUAGCGAUGUGUGUCAGAGCAGGUGGCCUCGCCUGGUGACGUAGGGCUCUGUCGGCCAUCCGUUGCCAGAGGAACGCAGGGUAGCGGGUAGCCUCGUGACAACAUGUGCUUGUUUCUCACCUGCCAUGGGACGCGGCGGACUGGGGUGGGCAGCCCACUGGCCUUGCCGGGCUGCCUGGCCGCCCGGUUGUCGGCUGGUGUUGGCUGAUCCA